AUGGCAAAGGAUUCGUAUGUGGUGAACCCUUCGCCGCCACAAUCGCCAAGGCGGCGGAAUGUCACGCAACGCAGCAACGGCAACAACACCCAGUCAAACAGGUUCAACACCAGCACCAGCCGAGCUUCAAACCUGUCCACGUCGUCGCCAACCUCACAGGAUGACCUGGACCACCACAUGGUGAAUGUGCUGACAACGCGCGUUGGCAUCUACGGCUGGCGCAAGUACUGCCUGUACCUGAGCGUCCUCUUGCUCGUCUGCCUCAGCAUCAUCAACCUGGGCAUGCUGGUGUUCAUCUUCCGUGUCAUGGACCUGAACGAGGACAGCGCGGGCCCGCUGCACUUCCAGGACCAGCGCCUGCUUGUGCGCGGCCGCGCCGAGUUCACCAACGGCAUUCUUGCGUCAAACAUCUCCGGCUUCGACAACUCCACCCUGCUUGUGGAGAGCAACCAGCAGAUCAUCCUGCGCUCCUUUGAGCCUGUGGGCAACGACCGCAGCGAGCUGGUCAUGGACGGCGUUGCCGUGGACGUGGGCGCGCGUACAUUUGACCUGAGCUUCAUGGGUGACACCUACUUCUCCACCAGCCAGGCCGAGACGCGCAUCACGUCCAACGACGUGGUCGUCCACACAGACACGGGCAUGCGCGUGCGCGGGGUGGUGCAAACCUCGACCAUCGCCAACUCGUACGAGGACGCCGAGGGCCUGACCCUGCGCAGCGUUGGGCAGGAGCUCCUGCUCACCGCCACGGAGAACGUGACCCUGGAAAGCACCACCAACAACGUCAACAUCAAUGCCUUCCAAGGCGUGCACCUGGAAGCAGAGCAAGGCGACAUUGUGCUCAGCGCAGACAACCUGGAGUUGCAGAACCUGCCCACAGCUGCGGGCCCCAGCAACGCUUUUGCGCUUUGCCUCUGCACGAGUGGCCGUCUCUUCCGGGUGGACUCCUCCAUCACCUGCGAGGACGGCGCAGCGACCCUCUGCUAA